AGCAGUGAGUUCAGUGCUAAAUAUAAACUUGCAACUAAAAUUCAGUCUGCUGCGGGAAAACAUUAGGAGUGUGGAUUUAAAUCGGACAUUUCACUUAUUGGUAAUAGCUUCAUCGACGCAUUUAAACUUCGCAUACAUCUCCUUUUUUUUCUUCUCCGCAAAAUCAUAAACCGAAACUGAUUCACUGAGUUGAUUGACACGUGCAAUUCGUGUUAGGUUUCAUACCUCUGUAAGGAGAUAUUAAAAGUGCAGUGAACUAUUAAAGAAUUUUGUUGCAAUCAUGGCAGAAGAUUUAGAAGCGAUGUUCAAGAAACUAACUGAAGCAGACGAUUGUAAAUCUCUGUUAAAAAAGCAUCUGACCAAGGAGAUAUUUGAGAAAGUUAAAGACAAAAAGACCACUCUAGGCGGAACUUUGGCCGACUGCAUUCGAUCAGGGGUUGAAAAUCUUGACAGCGGUGUUGGCAUUUACGCCUGUGACCCGGAAGCAUACAAAACGUUUGCGGAUAUCCUUGACCCGGUUAUAAAAGACUAUCAUAAGAUCCCCGAAAACAAACCUAUCAAACACCCACACUGUGACUUCGGAGAUCCGGACAAGCUUAAGUUGGAAGACCUUGACCCCGAUGGAAAAUACAUCAUCUCCACCAGGGUGCGCGUUGGUCGAUCACAUGACGGCAUGGCGUUCCCGCCAAUUCUCACUAAAGAGCAACGCGAGGAGAUGGAGAAAAAGACGUGCGAGGCGUUGGACGCGCUGCCUGACGACCUCAAGGGCAAGUACCACCCGCUGGCCGGCAUGGACGCCGACACGCAGAAACAGCUCACUGACGACCACUUCCUCUUCAACGACCAUGACAGGUUUCUGCGAGCGGCCGGCGGCUACAACGACUGGCCUGCAGGACGAGGCAUCUUCUACAACGAGGACAAGACGUUCCUGGUGUGGGUGAACGAGGAGGACCACCUCAGAUUGAUCUCCAUGCAGAAGGGAGGAGACAUUGGAGCCGUCUACAAGAGACUUGUUAAGGCUAUAAAAUCCCUGGAAGAGAAGUUGAAAUAUGCCCGCGAUGAGCGCCUGGGAUACCUGACGUUCUGUCCGAGUAACCUAGGAACCACUCUGCGAGCCUCGGUCCAUAUAAAGAUCCCAACUCUAGCAGCUAAAGACAACUUCAAAGAGAUCUGUGACAAGUACCAUCUACAGGCGAGAGGUAUUCAUGGCGAGCACACGGCGAGCGAGGGUGGGGUGUAUGACGUCUCCAACAAGCGACGACUGGGACUGUCUGAGGUGCAGGCCGUCACGGAGAUGUACAACGGCGUCAAGGAGUUCAUCAAGCUCGAGAAGGAACUGUCAUGGAAACCAGAAUCUGUGGAGGAAAUGUUUGAGCACGUGCACAAGGCCAAGAACUGCAAGUCUCUGAUGAAGAAACACCUCACAAAAGAUGUCUUUGAGAAGCUCAAGGAAAAGAAAACAUCCCACAAUGCAACACUUGGUGAUUGCAUUAAGUCAGGAGUGAUGAACCUGGACAGCGGGGUGGGGAUCUAUGCAGCAGACCCGGAGUCGUACACGGUGUUCGCCGAACUGUUUGACCCUGUCAUCAAGGACUACCACAAGAUCAAGUCGAGCGACGCCAUCUCGCACCCAGAAUCCAACUUCGGCAAUAUGGAGGACCUGGGAUUUGGCGACCUUGACCCCGAGGGAGAGCUUAUUAUAUCUACAAGAAUCCGAGUGGCAAGGAGUCACAAGGAGUUUGCCUUCCCUCCAGUUCUAACAAAGGAGGACCGGAUCAAGAUGGAGAAGGUCUCGUCGGACGCCCUGAACACCCUGAGUGGUGGCCUUAAGGGCACGUACUACCCUCUGGCCGGCAUGUCCAAGGAAACCCAGGACCAGCUCACAGAAGAACACUUCCUCUUUAACGAUCAUGACAGGUUCCUGAAGGUGGCCGGCGGCUACAACGACUGGCCUACAGGGCGAGGCAUCUUCUACAACGAGGACAAGACGUUCCUGGUGUGGGUGAACGAGGAGGACCACCUCAGACUGAUCUCCAUGCAGAAGGGAGGAGACAUUGCCGCCAUCUACACCCGGCUUGUCACGGCGAUCAAGGAACUGGGCAACACUCUGACGUUCGCGCACGACGAUCGCCUGGGUUUCGUGACGUUCUGCCCCAGUAACCUGGGAACGACCUUGCGAGCCUCCGUGCACAUCAAGAUUCCCCACCUGUCUGCCAGGAAGGACUUCAAGAACCUCUGUGAGAAGUACAAGUUGCAGGCUAGAGGAAUCCACGGGGAGCACACGGAGAGCGAGGGGGGAGUCUACGACAUCUCCAACAAACGACGACUCGGACUCACGGAAAUAGAUGCCGUCAAGGAGAUGGUCACCGGAAUCAAGGAGGUGAUUCGUUUCGAGAAGGAGCUGGCUUCCGGCAAACACAAAUCGUCGUCAUGUGUCGUCAUCUAAUCCAUCGUCGCACACUGGCGUUGACGGUUUUAGGCACUGGGGUUUUUUUUGGCAUUACCCAUAAUUUGGAAGCUGUUGUUUCUUCAAUACAUUGAUUGUACACUGUCAUCAAUGUUGUAGAAAAAAUUACAGUAAUAUUUUCUACAUUAUAUAGUCUCUGCGAAUUCAGUUGCAUUCACGUGUCGUGCAUUUUCUGCAAGAAGCCUGCAGACGUCAUAUUUAACGCCAUUGGUUGGCAUGUUUUGGGGUUUUCAUUGUGGAUGUAUUGGGUUUAAUAUGACUUGUACGGUAUCCUUUAAGAAUAUGUUUUAACGAAUGGCUGAAUGGUUUUGUAUAACUCAUUGGAUAUGCUUCAGAUAUUUAUUUCUUGUCAACAUCACGAGUUUUUACCAUCUUAUGACCAUCUUUUUGUAUGGCAUCGUUGUUUCUUGCAAAUAUGGAGGAAUUUGGGGUAUCAUUUAGUACAUUUUCAGAAAGGGAAGAUAUUAUAUUUGAAAUGUUUGACGCCAUCUUGGCCAUGUUUGAUUACUACUGGAACGUAUUCAGUAUCCCUUAAAGAGGGGGAAUAACUCUAUUUAAGAAUAUACUUGACUCAGUGGGCAUUACGUUAGCCAUAUUUGAUUACUACUUAAACUUCUGUGAUUUAAGAGAUUGUUCUGCUGUCACUGGCCGGGUAUAGCGAGAUUUUGUCACUACUUAAAAGAGUUAAAUAGUUAUAAAACCAUUGUUCAGCUUAGAUAAUUAAAUACUUUGAAUCUUUAAACGCUUAGAAUAGACAAUUAAAUUAGUUUUCUUCCUACGACGUGAUAUUCUGCUAUACCUGUUUUACUGCUAUGUGUAACGGAAGUGACAUGCAAGUGCAAUUUUCGCCAUAUCAUUUCCCAGAAGGCAGGACGUUCUUGACCUAUUUAGCAGUAAUUAAAAUGGCAACGAGAUUUGUAAAUGGCUUUCAAGCAAAUGGCAAUGUCCGUGAAUAGUUAAAACUAACGAGUUUAUUAAUCUGAAAAAAAUAAAAUGUUAUUCAUAAUCAAAACCAAAUCACCGUAUAAGGCAGUCUAAUUGACAUUUGGUAUAAUAGUGGUUGAAUCCAUGACUAUCUAUGUAGUGCCUCUUCUAUAUAACGACCACUCCGAGGAGAUCCUUUACUGGACAAUACAUCCUUGAUAGACGUCUCGGAGAGGACUGCCACUCCCAGACUAGUUUACUAAAUCAAAACUAACAUUGGACACAACUAUUAAACCUGUAGUUCGUGUUUUGCGUUAAUAUAUGUUGACAAAUGGGCAAACAAGAGUGGGGCUUUAAUACUACACUUAGAACAUGUUAGUUUUGAAAUAUAUAAAGAGUCAAAUUGUGUCGCCUUAUAUAUUACUUGUAUGCCGAGUAUAGUCUGUAGUUUGCCUUUGUUACAUCGCAAUAAUAGAUCAAAGGUUUCCGACGCAAUGUACUCAACUGAUGCAACAUCGGUGAGUGCGUUUGUUUCAAUAGCGUACGUAGAAUGUACCAACUUGGUAUGUAUAUUUAAAGUUUAAUUUGUUUUACUCUUAAUAUGUUAAAAUUUGUUACAUCUAGCUUAAAUGUCAGUUUAUAUACAUUUUAAGUAUUCAGUGAAUAUGUUGCUGUUUAUGGUGAUUCCUUUCCAGGUAACAAUGCAUGUAGAUCACGGUUGUUUUUCACGCGUGAAAUGACGUCACCGUAUACAGUUAAUUUACACAUAUUGUUGUACAUUGUAUAAUAUUAAUGUAAUUAUGGUGCCAAAAUAGACUAAGAGGACAGCUGCUUUUACAGAAAUCCUAUGACAAACAGUAAGGGUACAUAUUUUUUAUAUUUCGUCUUAUGAAUACAGUAUUAAAAUAAAAUAUAUUGUCUUGUUGUCGGUUUUUUUUAAAUAUAGGUAACCAGUCUUUUGGUAUAGGUAACCUUAAAAAGCAAGAAUUAGUUAUGUAUGUAUUGGCGUGAUUUCUCUUAAUAUUGCAUGGCCCACAGAGCAACUUAACUGUUUGCUUAGAGAUUUCAUUUGAACAGAUUAGAUAUAUUUUUGUUAAUUGCAAUUUUUUAUUGUUAUUGUUAGAGUUCAAGUGGUGUUGCGUGCACGUGUGCCAGGCAUAUAUCAUGGGCGUACGAGAUUAUUUAAUAGGGGGUUGCUGGACUGCAAAAUGUUGAUCCGAAUCAGUUCAGUGAAGAAAGAUUCACCAUCCGUUGAUUCCGAUUUGACCAAUAUAAAACUGUUACUCAUUUCGAACCAAGUAUUUGAUUCAUUCUGAACUACGGUUAAUUGGGCUUUCAUUUUUGUGGAUGUCUCGAUGGCUAUGUGGUUCUGGUCCUGGAGCUAAUUUCACAAAACAUCGUAAGUUUACUUUUGCGACUAACAGUUAUACACGUGUUUGGCAUCGAUUUCACGCAAAACAUUCUAUCUUCACGGAAUAUAGAUCAUUGUAAAGUUGAAAGAAAAUGAAAGAUGUAUACAUCAAACUAUAUUAGUUGUACUGUUAGUUUUAAUGCAAAUUGUGGUUUAACUGUAGAUUUACGUUAACGUGCAAAUUUAGGUUCACGAUGUUUUGUGAAAUUGGUUUUAGGACUUUAAAAAACAGUUCGAAUCUUGCCAACUGACAUUUUGUGUUUUUAAAUAUUCAUUAUAAAAAAAAUAGUUUUUUGUAAUUUGUUUGCCAAAAUGAUUCUAUAUUUGGCAGUAAGAGUGGGGACUUAGGAACCCCAGCCCCUUCGCCUUCGCCCCCCCCCCCCCCAACCUCGUACGUGUAUGGUUCUGUAGUUUUUCUUUAAGCAUAUUAAGUGUCCUUCAAUUGCACUGCCUAUGUGCCUGUAUAAACACUUUAUACUGAUCUUUUAAUAUUCAUGAAAACAUUCUGUUAUUUUUAUAUCGUCAUUGUUGAGUUAUUUUCGUUUCAGUGUAAUGUUUUGGAGAAAUGUACGCAGUGUCUUAGCCAACUUACUUGGUAAUGAUAACAUUGUAGUUGAAUUGGAGUGUAACAUUCAGUAACAAAUAAUGAUCUGUUUGUAUUAUUUGUGUGCAUGGAUGAUAGUAAUUAGCAAGCCUCUAUCUACACGAGAGUGGCAUAGAGCGACAAUCCCAGGAACAUAUCUUGGGGCUGUUUGCAGAGCGCCAUCAACAUUUUAAUAAUUGUUUUAGGAUAAAAAUGGCAUGGUCUGUCUUCAGUCUUGCACAGCUGUAGUAACGCCUCUGGCAAUGGGCAAACCUUGACCCAGUCUGCUUGAUGCUUGCUUUAAUUUUAUUAAAUACCCUUAAAUUAUUUGUGCACAUUUUGGCAAUGUAAUUAUCAUAAACAUAAUGUUCAAUAACUAUUAGAAUGUUCACUGGCACAAUAAAUAGUCCAUUGGAAAGACAUCUCUAUUUUAGUUUGUUUGACGUCACCAUCAAUGAUGAUCCAUCAUAGCCAUAUUUCAUUGCUGUUUAACGUUUAAAACGCAUAGUGUUGUUGUUUCUCUGCUAUGCUUUCGUUUUUGAUGUGGUCUAUACUUGUCAAAGUGUGCAUUCAAGGGAAACAGCAUAGGGAAUAUGUGUCUGCCUUGUCUCACUCCCCUGUCCAAUUUCCCACCUACACUGUGUGCUCCAGUAGUAGAGGUGGUUUUUAAGACAUGUUUACAACGGCGCUUUUUUAACGAAUGUGAAUAUGUUGCAUUAUAUAUUGGGACCUAUUCUUUCUUACAUAUUUUCACGACAAUAUUUUCACCUUAUUUAUAGGUUGUUAUUAAAGAUCAUAAUUCGGAUAUUGCCAUUUAAUACAGACUUGGUCGAUAAAUGUAUCUAUUAUAUAUUAUGGUGUUUUUGAUGUUCAUUACAAAUGUGUUUUGCUGUUUUUAAAUACAGUUAGCGCAUUUUGGUUAUCGCUCUAAUCAUAUCGAAUUCGCUGAAGAACUUUAAAAUAAUUUAUAAUGUUGCAUCAUAUUUGAUUGACUUAGGUCGUUUUUGAUGUAAAGAAUUUUUUUUAAAGUGGAAUCCGUAAAAUUAUUUGACAAGACUUUUUAAACACAUUCGUUUUCAUUUUUCUUUUCGUGUAAUGUUCUAUGAAAUAUAGCAAACAAAACAUUUAUCAGUUCAUUUGAUUCGUAUAAUUAACUACAGUCUGUACAUUUAAUCAACUAGAAGAGACAUAAAAGCAUUGCUCAAGUAAAACUAUCGUAUUGUAUUGGGAGAUAUCAGAAACUCUAUUUAUGCUCUGUUUUAUAUUCUGCAGUUUUCAUUCUAUCUACUGUCAUGAACGUGCAUUUGUAAACCCGAUAGUGAUUGGUCUAAGCGAAACACUACAGUGAUUUCAAUUGGGCGAUCUAUUUGGGUACGCUUUCUGUAUGUGUUGUUUCUAUUUGAUGAACACUAUCGUUUUGUAAGUUAUUUGUAAUCUUAUAUAUACAAUCAAGUAUUAAACUAUAUACGAAGUCUU